CGUCAGUGAGUCUCGAUGCAAAUCGAUCGAACCUUUAACUUUCGCCAACCGCAGAUAUCUUGUUCUCAAAGUAUUCGCGACGCGAAGUCACUUAAGGUGGUUUUAUCGUGCAAGUCCCAGUCAAAAAAACAUCAUGAAACGCUUGUUCGUUAUCUUCUUGAGUGUCAUUAUCGUGCUCGCCGAUGACAAUCCCGUCGGCGAACAAUGCGAGGUCGUCGCACCGAUUGGAAGAAUUCGCGGUUCCACCAUGACCUCCAGACUUGGCAGGAAAAUCUUUUCCUUUCGCGGUGUCAGAUAUGCCGAACCACCGACCGGACAGUACCGUUUUCAAGUUGCAAUUCCAGCAGCGAAUUGGACCGACGUUUUCGAUGCAACUAAAGAAGGACCCGCUUGUCCAGCAAUAUCCGAACAGAAUAUAAUGGAGGAUUGUCUUCGUGUGAAUAUAUACACAACAAAAUUACCGUCGGAAAACGAUCCCGUGAAGAGAGCCGUACUGAUAUUCUUCCAUCCCGGUAGUUUUUACUUAUUCUCAGGCCAAAGCUAUAACUUCGGGCCUCAGUAUCUGCUCGACAAAGACAUCGUUCUUGUUACCGUCAAUUACCGUCUCGCAUCUCUAGACGGUCUCGCACACAUCAACAGCGACAGUAGUAUUAUAUUUCCGAUGCAUCGUUCUGUAAGAUUGAUUGCAGAAAACUGCGAUCAACCCGUCUAUUUUUAUAUGUCUUCUUACCAAGGUCGAUACAGUUAUGUCAUGUGGAACGAAACCGCACCAUACGGGGUGGCGCAUUAUGACGAUUUGCAAUAUCUGUUCUUUAUGAAAAUCAAAUUCCCGUUUUUCGAAAACGAUGCCCCGGAAAUUCCUAUGGUGGAUCUUAUGACAAGCAUAUGGUCGAACUUUGUUCAAACUGGACAGCCGGUAUCUCCAGCUUUGGAAGCAAAGAACGUUACGUGGGAACCGUAUCUACCAGAAAGAGACAACUAUCUAAAAAUCACCGAGGAACCAACAAUGAAAACAGGACUUUAUCCCGAUAGAAUGCAAAAAUGGGACAGUUUGUUUCCUUUGAAUCCAAUAUGGAAAUUGUUUCAAUAUCUAAAAUCAAUUUCGUAACGUAUAAUAGAUAUGCUACUUUGAUUUCAUUCAUUAAAAGUAAAACAAACAUGCAUUAAUUCUAUUACUUUACAAAUACAAUACAAUGUUACAUAUUAUACUUCAAA